ACUUAUGAGUUCAUGAGGACAAAUUGUCCCCAUGUCUCAAGCCAAUAAAAGAUUUACUGAGAAGGAUUUGAUAGGCUUCACCAUUGACCUGCUUUACAACCUCCAUGGAGAAUGCACAAUGCCUCUCUGUCUUCUCUUCCCUGUGCAAUCUUCUUAGCCCAUAGAGCUUAUCGUUCAUAGAUAAACUGGAGACUUUGCUGGAAGGGUCUGAAGAAAUAAAAGUGAACAUUGCUAUUAACAGAAUAGCCACAGUCUCUGAACUGUUCUUAAACGAAAUCUCUCUGUGUGUGAGGUAGGUCAAGUGGGGCUCCCAAGAGACAGCCUUGUGUGAGUGCUUCUCCAGGUAUCCCCUUUACUGACAAUCUAAAGGUUCCUUGUCUAUCUUUAUAAAAUGUUGGUCUUCUCAAGAUUUACAUACAUCACCUUGUCAUUUCUUCUUUUUUCUGAAUGUUUUCCUAUAAUAUCAGCAUUUACCAGGAGUGAAACAAUAUGUGGAAUGUCUAGUCCUAGUCAAUUUUGUCCAAAUGAUUAUUUACCAGUCUGUGGGACCGAUGGCAACACUUAUUUCAACAAAUGCAUUUUCUGUAAUGCAUACAGCAGAAGCAGUGGUGUAAUUAAAUUUAAACAUUAUGGUAAAUGCUGAGUUUUUGAUGGAGCUACAUAUUCCUGUGGAUCUUAAGAUUACAGUUCUGUACUGAAGUCUACCAUGGAUGGAAAAUUUUGUCAUCAGAUUCCCAAAGCCCUAGAAGACUGUAUGAAUCUCUGUGUAGGAUAUAGGAAUAAAGGCUAGACUGUAACUGAUCUUUUCACUUCUGAGAUCCUCAGAUUUCAACGUUUGGCCUUCUAUGGUCAACUACUUAAUGACACCUAGGAAUCCAAAAAUCUUAGUUUUACAUUCUGUAAACUGACAACUUAAAAAAUCAGUAAUCUUGUUGUAGUUCUUAAUAAAAUCUUAAAGUACA